CAUGCUGAACUGACUCGAAGAUUUGGAAUGAUUGAACAAGUCAAACCAAUUGCAAUUGCUACAUUUCUGGACCCAAGAUUUAAAAAUUUACAUUUUAAUGAUCUAGUAGCCUGUUCAAGUGCGAUAGCAGAUUUAACAAAGUUGUCAAAAUUGGACACCAUUUCUUCUAGUGAGUCAGAAGGAGAACAUUCUAAAACAGACAACUUCGAUUUUUGGGCACAUCAUAAAUAUUUGGUUCAUGGCCAAAAAAAGAAAAAGACCACAACUUUUAUGAACGAUGAGUUAUCGUUAUACUUAUCAAAUCCAGUAUCAACCCUGAAGUCUGAUCCUCUUGAAAUAUCGGAGGAUAUGAAACACGUAUUUCCUAUUUUGUAUAAACAAGCGAGUUUGCAUUUCACCAUGGUUGCAACAUCUGUUCCUUGCGAACGACUUUUUUCAAAUGCUGGAGCAACAUUAACCAAAUCUAGAAAUCGUUUAACUAGUUCUCGCCUUCAAAAAAUAUUAUUGUUAUCUCUUAUCCCAGAGGAAGAUUGGUUUUAAUUAUAUUUUUUAUAUAUUAUU